GAGCAAAGCUCAAGAUGGCGGACAAAACGCCAGGCGGCUCUCAGAAGGCCAGUUCAAAGACAAGAUCAUCAGAUGUUCAUUCAUCUGGAUCUUCAGAGGCACAUAUGGAUGCAUCUGGACCCUCAGAAAGUGAUAUGCCAAGUCGGACACGACCUAAGAGCCCAAGAAAACAUAAUUAUAGGAAUGAAAGUGCCCGUGAAAGCCUUUGUGAUUCUCCUCACCAGAAUACUUCAAGACCUCUUCUAGAAAACAAACUGAAAGCAUUCAGUAUUGGAAAAAUGAGUACAGCUAAGCGAACUUUAAGUAAGAAGGAGCAAGAAGAAUUGAAGAAAAAGGAGGAUGAAAAGGCUGCUGCUGAGAUUUAUGAGGAAUUUCUUGCUGCUUUUGAAGGAAGUGAUGGUAAUAAAGUGAAGACAUUUGUGCGUGGAGGUGUUGUUAAUGCAGCUAAAGAAGAACAUGAAACAGAUGAAAAAAGAGGCAAAAUCUAUAAGCCAUCUUCAAGAUUUGCAGAUCAAAAAAACCCUCCAAAUCAGUCAUCCAAUGAAAGACCACCAUCUCUUCUUGUGAUAGAAACCAAAAAACCUCCACUGAAGAAAGGGGAGAAAGAAAAGAAAAAAAGCAAUUUGGAACUCUUCAAAGAAGAAUUGAAACAAAUUCAAGAAGAGCGUGAUGAGAGACAUAAAACAAAAGGCAGGUUAAGUCGAUUUGAGCCUCCUCAGUCAGAUUCUGAUGGUCAGCGGCGUUCCAUGGAUGCGCCUUCAAGAAGAAAUAGAUCAUCUGGUGUUCUCGAUGAUUAUGCACCUGGGUCACAUGAUGUGGGAGAUCCAAGCACUACUAAUUUAUACCUUGGGAAUAUUAAUCCACAGAUGAAUGAAGAAAUGCUGUGCCAAGAAUUUGGAAGAUUUGGACCAUUAGCCAGUGUGAAAAUUAUGUGGCCUAGAACUGAUGAAGAAAGAGCAAGGGAGAGAAAUUGUGGCUUUGUGGCCUUUAUGAAUAGAAGAGAUGCUGAAAGAGCUUUAAAAAAUUUAAAUGGAAAGAUGAUUAUGUCUUUUGAAAUGAAGUUAGGUUGGGGUAAAGCUGUGCCUAUUCCUCCACAUCCAAUAUACAUUCCGCCUUCUAUGAUGGAACAUACGCUUCCCCCACCUCCAUCAGGACUGCCUUUUAAUGCGCAGCCUAGAGAGCGGUUAAAAAACCCCAAUGCUCCCAUGUUACCACCACCUAAAAACAAGGAGGAUUUUGAGAAGACUCUGUCGCAAGCCAUAGUCAAAGUGGUUAUCCCAACAGAAAGGAAUUUGCUCGCCCUGAUACAUCGAAUGAUAGAGUUUGUUGUACGUGAAGGGCCAAUGUUUGAAGCUAUGAUUAUGAACAGAGAAAUCAACAAUCCCAUGUUCAGAUUCUUAUUUGAAAACCAGACACCAGCCCAUGUUUACUAUAGGUGGAAGCUUUAUUCUAUUCUUCAGGGAGAUUCUCCAACUAAGUGGCGGACGGAAGAUUUUCGUAUGUUCAAAAAUGGAUCUUUUUGGAGGCCUCCACCAUUAAAUCCAUACCUGCAUGGGAUGUCAGAAGAGCAAGAAACAGAAGCUUUUGUAGAGGAGCCUAAUAAAAAGGGAGCACUUAAGGAAGAACAGAGGGACAAAUUAGAAGAAAUCCUGCGGGGGUUAACUCCAAGGAAAAAUGAUAUUGGAGAUGCAAUGGUUUUCUGUCUUAAUAAUGCUGAAGCUGCUGAAGAAAUAGUGGAUUGCAUUACUGAGUCAUUGUCAAUUCUAAAGACACCCCUUCCCAAAAAGAUUGCCAGAUUAUAUUUGGUUUCUGAUGUUUUGUACAACUCUUCAGCAAAAGUUGCCAAUGCUUCAUAUUAUAGGAAAUUUUUUGAAACAAAGUUAUGUCAGAUAUUUUCAGACCUCAAUGCUACCUAUCGUACAAUUCAAGGCCAUUUACAGUCUGAAAACUUUAAGCAACGGGUAAUGACCUGCUUCAGAGCAUGGGAAGAUUGGGCAAUUUAUCCAGAACCAUUUUUGAUCAAAUUACAAAAUAUUUUCUUAGGACUUGUAAAUAUUAUUGAAGAAAAGGAAACAGAGGAUGUACCAGAUGACCUUGAUGGUGCUCCUAUUGAAGAAGAACUUGAUGGUGCACCUUUGGAAGAUGUGGAUGGAAUUCCUAUUGAUGCUACUCCCAUUGAUGAUCUUGAUGGAGUCCCUAUAAAAAGUUUUGAUGAUGAUCUUGAUGGAGUGCCUUUGGAUGCCACUGAAGACUCAAAGAAGAAUGAGCCUAUAUUUAAAGUUGCUCCAUCAAAAUGGGAAGCUGUAGAUGAAUCUGAAUUGGAAGCACAGGCUGUAACAACUUCUAAAUGGGAGUUAUUUGACCAGCAUGAAGAAUCAGAAGAAGAAGAAAAUCAAAAUCAAGAAGAAGAAAGUGAAGAUGAAGAAGAUACUCAAAGUUCCAAAUCUGAAGAACAUCAUUUAUAUUCUAAUCCAAUCAAAGAAGAAAUGACCGAGUCCAAGUUCUCUAAGUACUCUGAAAUGAGUGAGGAAAAACGAGCCAAACUUCGUGAAAUCGAGCUCAAAGUUAUGAAGUUUCAGGAUGAAUUGGAAUCUGGAAAAAGACCUAAAAAACCAGGCCAGAGCUUUCAGGAGCAAGUAGAACACUACAGAGAUAAACUUCUUCAACGAGAGAAAGAGAAAGAAUUAGAAAGAGAACGAGAAAGAGAUAAGAAGGAUAAAGAAAAAUUGGAAUCUCGAUCCAAAGACAAGAAGGAAAAAGAUGAGUGUACUCCAACAAGGAAAGAAAGGAAAAGGCGACACAGUAUGUCCCCUAGCCCAUCUCGCAGUAGCAGUGGUAGACGAGUGAAGUCCCCAUCACCAAAGUCGGAGCGAUCAGAGCGUUCGGAAAGAUCUCAUAAAGAGAGUUCGCGGUCCAGAUCAUCUCACAAAGAUUCUCCUCGAGAUGUUAGCAAAAAGGCCAAAAGAUCACCAUCUGGUUCAAGAACACCUAAAAGGUCUAGGCGAUCACGGUCCAGAUCCCCUAAAAAAUCAGGGAAGAAAUCCAGAUCCCAGUCCCGAUCUCCACACAGGUCUCAUAAAAAGUCAAAGAAAAACAAACAUUGACAUACAUUUUUUAGAUGCUGUCACUUAUUGGAAAUGCAAUUUUGUUUUGUGCCUGAACAGUCUGUUUUAAAAAAAAAAUCAAAUGAAAGAGCAUUCCUGGGAUUUUUGUUUGUUUAUUUGUGAAGCAUGUAUAAACUCAUGAGUAACUGCAUAUGUAGACCUGUCAUUGUUUUAUAUUGUGUAAAUUACUUUCGUUGUGGCUGUUUUCAAGAUGAAAUUAUUGUGGUAAUAAAUUUCAUCAGAAAUGUGUAUAAUGGAUCUGCUAGCAGUAGUAGUAUUUUGUUUUAGAAUGCUGUGACUUAGCAAAACUAAUACAGAUGUCUUUUCCCAUUUUGUAGCUUUGGCAAUUUGAAUUAGAUUUCAAAUAAAAUCUGAACAGAAAACCAUAA